CAAAGCUCCGCGUGGUCCGCUUUGGUACCAGCUACUGACAAUGUCGAUGGAAGUCCAAGACGCACAUAUUGCAGAAGUGAAACCUCUGGUAGAGAAAGAUGAGGCAAUCACACAUCUCCUGCCAGACUUUGAUGUUCAGGAACAAGAUGUUGAAACAGUGCAUGGUUCUGUCCAUGUCACUAUGUGUGGGACUCCCAGAGGGAACAGGCCUGCAAUUCUGACAUACCAUGAUAUUGGACUUAAUCAUAAAACAUGCUUCAACCCGCUCUUCAACUUCGAAGAUAUGCAAGAGAUCACACAGCACUUUGCCGUCUGCCAUGUGGAUGCCCCUGGACAGCAUGAUGGGGCGGCCUCUUUCCCCCCUGGAUAUAUGUACCCUUCCAUGGACCAACUUGCUGAAAUGCUUCCUGGAAUCCUGAAGCAGUUUGGACUGAAAAGUGUGAUCGGAAUGGGAACUGGAGCUGGUGCCUACAUAUUAACCAGAUUUGCUCUUAACUAUCCUGAUAUGACAGAAGGACUCGUUCUUAUUAAUGUCAACCCCUGUGCUGAAGGAUGGAUGGACUGGGCAGCAACCAAGAUUUCUGGAUGGACUCAUGCCAUGCCAGAUUUGAUCAUUUCACAUCUUUUUGGCAAGGACGAGAUUCAUAACAACCAGGAUUUGAUCAACACUUACCGCCGGCACAUCAUCAAUGACAUGAAUCAAAACAAUCUGCACCUCUUUGUCAACUCCUACAGCAGCCGAAGAGACCUGGAAAUUGAGCGCCCUGUGCCUGGUGUAAAUGUUGUUACUCUACAGUGCCCUACCCUGUUGGUGGUUGGGGACAGCUCUCCAGCCGUUGAUGCCGUGGUUGACUGCAAUGCUAAACUGGACCCAACGAAAAACACUCUCUUAAAGAUGGCCGACUGUGGUGGUCUUCCUCAAGUUUCCCAGCCUGCGAAACUCGCUGAAGCUUUCAAAUACUUUGUACAGGGAAUGGGAUACAUGCCUUCUGCGAGCAUGACCAGGCUCAUGAGAUCCCGAACGGCUUCUGGUUCCAGCGUCGCCUCCUUAGAAGGAGUCAGGAGUCGGUCCCACACUGGUGAAGGAGUGAGAAGUCGAUCCCACACUGGGGAGGGAUCCCGAAGCAGGUCCCAUACCAGUGAUGGGGAGAAGACCAGAUCCCACACCAGCGAGGACACCCGGAACCGCCCUCACACAGACACCCGCAUCGAGCUCACUCCCAACUCCGCAAACAACACUGAACCACCGAGCCCGAAGUCCAUGGAGGUUUCCUGUUAAGCGAAACAGGCCGGAGUUGUAAUUGAGACCCAACUGCCACCCACUUUGUGUCACGAUAUUUGAUAUUUAACCCAAAGCAUUUUCUGGCUCUCGUCCCUUCCCAGAGUUCAACAGGGACCAAUAAAAAACAUCUCAGUUGCUCUGUAUCCCUAACAGAGGUUGCUGCUAUUCUUUUUCUCCAGCUAAUUGUAGAUGUCUUUAAAACUUAUCCAGUGGGAAAGCGAACACUGGUGGCAGAGUCUUCA